CGCCAUUUGGUAUCAAGAAAACAACUAGAUGACGAAGAGCAAAGAGGUCUCUGAGAAAUCUCAAGAUCAACGGUUUCAUAAGUAUUUCUCGGUUCGUCUUUCGUCGUGAACAAACUACCGGCUGGCUUCGACAGCUAGCCAAACGGUUUUUGCGAUUUUAUUUUGAUACGAAAAGCUAGCCAAGCGGCUACCAUGGAUUUUUAAGCCAGUAUGCGGCGAAACUAAUGCAUCGGCAUGCAUCGUGCAAGGCAAAACGGACUCCGAAACUCCAUCUUCACAACUGCCAAGCAGUUGGGCUCAAAUACCGUCCGCGGUAUCACCGUGAGCCAACCUAUACCGCUCCUCCUUGAUCGAAGGAAGCUAACAUUAGCUAGCUAAUAAAUUGAAUCAUCAAGUAUUAUUUUUUUUUUUACCAUCGAUUCAUUAGAACAUCUAAACACUAGUUACCGAUCAAAAUGAAACCUCAAGUUAUCAUCGCCGGUAAGACCAGCCCGACUAGUCUGUGGAUCUUCGGGUACGGCUCUCUGGUGUGGAAGCCUGACUUCAAAUACAAGAGUAGCAAGGUCGGCUACAUCCAAGGCUACAAGAGACGCUUCUGGCACGGAGACAACUUCCAUCGUGGAAAUGAUGACCUACCCGGAAGAGUGGUGACGCUGAUUGAGGAUGAUGACGCAACUACCUGGGGCAUGGCUUUCGAGGUGACCGGUUCCCAGGUCGAAGAGUCCCUUAAGUACCUGAAUGUGCGCGAGGCCGUGUGCGGUGGUUACGUCACCAAGCUCGUGGACUUCAUCCCUGAGGAUGACCAAGUGAACCAGACCCACCAGGCCCUCCUCUACAUUGCUACCCCAGACAACCCUCUCUUCCUGGGGCCCGCCAGCCCUGAGGUGAUAGGGCACCAGAUCGCCACCAGGCAGGGGAAGACGGGUCACAACCUGGAGUAUCUUCUCCGCCUGGCUGAGUUCAUGAGGCGGCGCUGCCCUCACGUGGACGACCCACACCUGUUCUCCAUCGAGGCUGCCGCUCUGGCCCUAGUGCCAUACCUGCUAGGGGCCCAGUAGCCCGUACCCUUCCAUCUAUAAUACGAUUAGGGCGGCCUCAUAUUGGUACCCUGUUCCAUUAUAUAGUGUACUACUGGCUCUGGUCAUAAGUAUUGUAUGCUGUAGGGAAUAGGGUGCCAUUUGGGAUACAUAUCUAGUGUAAAUGUGUUAUCUGUAACAGAGGUUAGGCCAUCAGUCACUCUGACUCUAAAUUCAUAAAACAGAUGUGUUCCAGUCCAUUGUGUGUGUAUUUGUAAAACCUGUAAUGGUGUAGCCCAUCUUAACCCAUCCACUGUUAACCUAAAGCCAUAAAGAAUUCAAUUUAAGAGGUACAAAGGGAAGCAUGUGCUUUGAGUUGAGGUGUGCCUUUUUUUUUUAUUCUAUAUAUUUUUACCCAAGCAUUAAGAUUUAGUUGGUGUUAAGAUUAUCAACCCAGAUGAUUUAGGGGAAGCUCUGUGCUAGACGCAACCGUUUGGUCAACAGCGACAUCUUGCUAAAUGGCUUAUUAUUAUCUUUUCACUUCUGGUUUAGGCACUACUGUAGUUCAAAGUCUUUAAAUGGUACACUGCAUUAACGGUUCUCAAUUUCAUGUCCAUUAAUGAAAUGGUGAUAGCCACUAUCUGGUGUUUUCCAACUACAGGCACUAAUUUACCAACUGGCUGCUGAUAUGUCACCUACACCUUUGUUGUAAAAGGUUGCUUUUAGCACCGUUUCAUCCAGUAGAAUAGUAGAUCCCACCAAUAAAUGGUCAAAACAUC